ACGUCCGGAGACAUCCCCAGCAUGAUCCUCUGGUCCCCAUCUCCGAGACCCCAGUGACGGGGAACCUCAUCCUUGUGCCUCCCCCUCUCUCCUCCUCUCCCCUCUUUUUUCCUUCUCUCCCCCUUCUUUUUCCUUUCUCCUUUCCCUUGCCCCCUCCUCACUCUCCUGCCCCCCUCUUGCCCUCUCCCCACUGCUCUGGCACCCCAUCUCUGGCAGUCUGCACCCCCAUUCCCGGGUACCCCUGUGUGUCUCCCCCUCUACCCCGCCAUGGGCUGCAUCGGAUCUCACAGCGCAGGCGGUGAAGGGGCAACUCUGGACUGGAAGGGGUUAAAGGAUGCCGACCAAGGAACCACGGAAAACAGCUCCGUCCAUGGAAGCAGCACCCACCGACCAUCCAACGAGACCCGAACAGACUUCUCCUGGGACGGGAUCAAUCUGUCCAUGGAAGACACCACCUCGAUCCUUCCUCGAUUGAAGAGACACUCUAAUGCUUAUGGAAUUGGCGCUCUCGCCAAAUCCUCUGUCAAAGGUAUCUCUCGCUCGAUGAAGGAUCAUGUCACUAAACCAACAGCUUUAGGUUCUGGUCGAGUUGCUCACAUGAUAGAGUGGCAGAGCUGGGCUCAACAGCCGCCACCGCCCAACGAAAACACCAGGAUGGACAGCGACGCGUAUUCCGACCUGAGUGACGGAGAGAAGGAAGCUCGGUUCCUGGCAGGUGUGAUGCAACAAUUUGCCAUCUCAGAAGCAACUCUCAUGGCGUGGUCAUCGAUGGAUGGGGAAGAGGAGAGCGUCAACUCGAACCAAGAAAGACAAAGUGAAACUUACCAAGAACUGCUUGAGAACCAGGAUAACCUUGGCCAGACACACUCCGACUGCUGGCCUCACUCCUAUGUGUCACAGGGACUGUACUGUCUUGGCUCUUCUGAGGCUUGGGCCAGCAGCGAGCAGUCUCUUACAGCAUCUCCAGCACCCAACGGAGGGGUAACAUCAAACCCAGGACCUGAGUCCUUUGAGGAGAGACAGCUUGAGAAUAUCUGUGAGAUUGCCCCUCAGUUGCUACAAUCUAAAAUCUCCCCUUCAGAAGAGGAUGAUGCUCUCUGUCACGACCUGCAGUCUCUGUCUCCGCCACGGGAGGAGUGCGACAGCCUCCCGCACAGCCGUAAGGUCUCAGAUGUUGCCACUUCUGGCGUCCAAUCCGGAGAGGAGGAAGAGGAGCGGGAAAUGGAGAACUGAGUCACCGAGGGAAGAAAAAAGGAGGGGGAGAGAGAGACAGGCACUGCGAGAGACUGCCUGCGCACCACUCAUAAAGGUCCCCGUAUCAUUUAUCAAAGUGCACUCAGAAGGAAUGGAACUGAAAUAAGUGUCCAUUUCCCAGUUUUUCCAUACAAUUCAUUUCAACCAAUUUCCCUUGAAACAUACAAGGCUAGCGAUAUUUAGGGUCCGGUGCCUAAACCUUUCCCUCCUGAGUCCUCCACCAGUUGUAAAAAAUGUAUAAAUGUUUAUGAAGAUAACACAUGAAUAACCAAUCAGGAAGAGAAGGCCAGGUGCCUUUUGGGAAAAUGGAAUGUUCUAAGCACAAGAGACACGAUGAGAUAUUAUUAAUUUUAGCCCAGUGCUCAAAGCUAUGUAUAAAGUAGCAGGUGUUGGCGGAAGCCACGGUAACAGCCCCGCUCAGCACCCACCUGCCAGGGCAGGCCAGCCAGGGGUAAAAUGGCCCAGGUCUGUCCCUCCAUAUAGGAAUUGGGCCCAGAAAGGGGGACUUAUUGCCCCUCUGCCCCCUAACCCUGCUUAAUAUACCACAUUGUGGCACUCAUCUUUAAUUUCCUGUUUUCCGCAGCAAUUAAAAAUAAGAUUACAAA